CAGAAUCUCUCCUUCGCUCCUCACAAAAUUCUCCUCUCCCAGCCCUCUAGGCACCAAAAAUUGACAGACGCCUGCUUUUCCAUACUGCAAUGAACGGCUCCAGCCCUGCUGUAGUUACCAUCAUCGAACACAUUCUUCCAUUCCUCAGCCAGAAGGACCUAGCCUCCUGCCGCCUGGUUAACCGCACAUGGUCGGUCCUGGCCACAGUCCAGUCGGCACGUGCCCUUGAGAGCGCCCUGGUGCGGCUGCCUCUGCGUAUCCUGCACUACCGGCGCAAGGGCCUUCUCAGCACUAUUCGGUCAAUGGACAUAGACAUCAGCUAUAUCGACGGAUUCCUGUCGGCGCCCAUGUACGAACGACGCAUCCGCGACGCUAUCGAGAUGGUCAGCACGAUGCUACCCAUGGUCAAAUCACUAAAGGUGCGCAUGCAGCCCACGCACUCACUGCGCAGCCAGAACGAGACGCGGUUUACACGCAUGGCGUUCAACAUGCUUAUGGGCGCGUUCCCCGGACUGGCGGCUCUGGAUCUGAGCGAGUGCUCGGUGUCUGUCUUGGACACAGAGCAGGGUAGCCCGUUUGCCAGGCUGAGCCAGCUACAGACGAUCAAGUGGUUCACGCUUGGACGCAACGAUAUGAGCUCAGCGGCGGCGCUGUGCGAUCUGGCAAACGCCAACAAACACUCGCUGCAGGUGUUUUAUGGAAUGGCCGACGGUACCGAUCGUGCGAUGCGUGCGCUGUGCCAGGCGCCCAAAAUCAAAAGGGUUGAUAUCAGCGGAUCCAAUGUUUCCGACGAGGCCCUGCUGGAGCUGGUGCGCGCGCGCGGCCACUCGCUGCACGAACUGACGCUGUCUGACUGCGCACGCCUAACCAGGCACAGCAUUGGCAAUCUGACACCUACUAUGCUGCCCAGCCUGGUGUCGCUGGACCUGUACAAUGUCAUGGUGACGACCGACACGUACCAGCAUCUGUUCAACAUGCAUACGUACUGGCCAUAUCUGCAGGACCUGAAGCUCAAGGCUGCUAUCCCGCACAUAUCACCGCGCCAGGAUUCGCUAGUCAAUGAUGACAUCCUGGAGGCCAUUGGCAGCCGAUGCCCGAUGCUGGUAUCGCUGCGACUGUUUGGCUGCCACGGCAUCACAGACGAAGGCCUCAGCUCGGUGCUGGGCAAUCUUGGAUAUCUCCGCGAGCUGGUGGUCAUGCACAGUGCUACCGACCCGCUGGUGCAGAACAACGGCGAAGAUGAGGAGAGUGAUACUGACAGUGAUGCGACUUUCCACAGUGCACGUAGCAGCCGCCGCAGCAGCGCGCGGUUUGAAUACAGUGCUACCGAGGAGAGCGACGACUUGCUCGCCGGAGCCAGCGACUCUGGCCACGCCGGGCCGUCGACAGGCGGUUUGCUUAUGUCAGUGCCCUCGAUCAACGACAUCUGGGCCACCAUCCCGUCGCUGCCAACACACGGGGUGCAGCAGCCCCCGGCAAACUUGGUGGCGCGUCGGGUUGAUAGCUCGCCGCAGUCUACAGCGCCUAACAGCCCGUGCUUGACGCGCUCGCGCAAUCAGCGUGUGUUCACAUCGCAGGCGCUGAGCCGUGGCGUGCGCUCCCGCCGCUUCAACCUGCUGAACUUGGACAUGGAAUAUGACUCUGUGUGCGCCGAGCACCUGUCGAGGCUCUCGCAUUUGCACGUGCUGUGCGGCCGUGUGAUCACCCGCCAUGCCAAGGCCCUGAUUGAGACUCAGUUCCCAAAGUGCAAGAUGAUGGUCUGGAACAUUAACUAA